AUGCUCCUACACCGAAGACUAUUAAUGUUAUCAUCAACCGGUGCCCAGAAUCUACAAUCUACAAUAACAUUGGAGAAAAGGAAACAUUCAACACGAAUGGCACUGUCAGGAAUGUUCAAUCUGACUUUGAUGAAACUAUCAGAUUUAAGCCACACGAAAAUGGAACAAUUCAUAUUUUUGUUACCGGUCGCGGACAACUUUCAGUGAGCAUUUCCUCCGAGGAAACUGUAUUUAGAGGACUCCAAAGCGAGGUUCACCUGGAUGGUAGUCAAGGCGGAGGCAUUGUGACUGUCCCGUUUGAAGUAUUGAAAGGAGUGCGUGAAACCCCAAUCACUGUGAUUCUUCAAACUAGAACUAUCAAGAAAACUGUAACAAUUUAUGCCAGUACAAAAGACCUGGAGCCACCUCGCCCACCCAGCCGCCACACGUCUAUUAUUUUCACAUCUGAAGAAAUGGAAACUAUGAGGUCGCUCUCCAGAAAUAUUUCUUUCAAUCCCACUCCGAAUGUGGCAUUACACCAGAAGUUACCCCAAUUGAUGUAUCGAAUGGUACCACUCAAGUCAUUGUCAGUAACUCUACUAUCGAAGAUGUUGAGUUCCCAUCGGUUGAUGAAAUUCUGAAUGGACGAUAUUCCAGUCUGAAGUCUAAAACUCUCCGCCUCGACAACAUUAGCCUUAACAGACUAACUGCGCGCAAAACGGACAAAUUUGUUUCAAAAAGCAACCGAUAUUUCGUCACCAUCAGAAGAAAGGAAAAGGGGCAUAUUAUUUUCUACGUAUCUGGAGCUGGAAACAAAAAUGUUACUUUGAAGUCAAUUUCCGAUCCACGUUUGCCUGCAAAAGUGAUGACUGUUGCCAAUAACUACGCUGCAUUUAAGUACACGACCGUUGGACCGAAUGGAGAAGAAGAAUUCCUUGACGUGGACAACAUUUUGGUGAAAGUUCAAAACGACCAGAACGAAAAGCUUUUCUUCUAUUUAUCAAUGUCCUGCUUGUCUAAUUAG